AUGUCGAAUUUGGGUCGGAGCCGGGUCCGGGAGGACAGAUUUUACAGCCCACCGGCGAUGAGAAGGUACAAUCAGCAACAACAGAAACAUGUACAACAAGAAGAGCAGAAAGUACAACCCCAACGACAGCAAGAAAAGCAGCAACAAUCGGAGUCGUUGAUGAGUAGCAGCAGUAGUGUCGUGACAACUAAUUUGGAUCGGUUUAUGAAGCACACGACUCCAAUUGUCACUGCUCAACAUUUCCCUAAGACUAGCAUGAAGGGAUGGAGGAAUCAAGAUUCCAAUUACCACCCAUACUUCAUACUUGGUGAUCUUUGGGAAUCUUUAAAGGAAUGGAGUGCAUAUGGAGUUGGGGUUCCUCUUGUGUUAAAUGAAAGUGACUCUGUUGUUCAAUACUAUGUCCCAUUUCUAUCUGCUAUUCAACUCUAUGUAGAUCCAUCAUCACCUCUAACCACAACAAGAAGGCCAUUUGGUGAAAGUGACUCUGAUUCUUCAAGAGCUACAAGUAGUAAUAGCAGCUAUGAAAACAAUGUUGCAAAAAACUUCAAUAAACUCAUGAUUAGAAGUGAUAAUUUAGAGGAAAACGAGAUUAGAAACCCACCUGGGCUUUUAAUCUUUGAAUAUUUUGAACGUGCUUUACCAUAUCAUCGUGCGCCUUUAGCCGACAAGAUAUCAGAUCUUGCAUCAAAGUUUCCAGAAUUGAAAUCAUAUCGAAGCUGUGAUUUAACUCAAUCAAGUUGGGUGUCUGUUGCUUGGUAUCCUAUAUAUAGAAUCCCUGUGGGCCCAUCUUUACAAAAUCUUGAUGCGAGUUUCUUGACUUUUCAUUCUCUUUCAACACCAUUAAAAAGUGUGGAAGGUGAUAAGUCAAGUAUGAUUGAAGUUCAUGAUGUUGGGAUUUCAUUACCGAUUUUUGGGCUUGCUGUUUACAAGUUCAAGAGUUCUGAUUGGACACAAAGUGGGAUUCAUGGAGCUGAAAAAGUCGAUUCUUUGAUGCAUUCAACUGAGAAUUGGUUGAGGAGUUUGAAUGCGUAUCACCCGGAUUUUGUGUUUUUUAAAAAUCAUGACUUUUGGAGGAAAUGA